AUGGCGGCGACAUUCCCGAACGCAAUGCAGGAGGAGACGUUCAUGCACGCCGUGGCGGAGGAGCUGCGCAACUUGGGCUUUAAGCGCGACAACUGCAUCGCGCUGGUGAACACGUGCCGCGACGAGGUGUGCCGGCCGAUCGUGAACCUGAUCGACCGCGAGUUCGGCAUGAGCUUCAACAUCGCCGGGCUGGGCAGGCUCGUGAACUGCGGCAAGACGGGAUUCAAGGCUGCCAUGAGCCACUCGCCUGAGUUCCCCUGCGACAAGAGCGGCAAGCCCAAGGAACGAUACAUCUUCUUCGGCUUCCCCCACGUGUCCAUCGGCGAGACCGGCGAGGUCGGCUCGCUGCUCCGUCGCGGCCGCGGUAAGCCGGGUAACGCGUGCGGUGCGCUCAUCGCCAUCCGCGGCGACAUUUGCGCCGGCGGUCCCAUCGUCGAGGACCCUGACAACGCCGAAUACGUGCUCCUCAAAAAGAAGGUGGCGGCCCGAAUUACCGCCGACGAGCCUAACUUGGUUCAGGUCACCCGCGCUGCGCUCCAAGCGAUCACGGACGACCUCGAGUACCUUAUCUCGCAGACCGUGGAUCCCGCGACCGCGGAUUACGCCGUGAUUACCGGCGUGCAGAUUCACUCCGGAAACAACCUCCCUGGCGAGCCGUUCCAGACGGAGCGCCUUUGCGACUACAUCGCGCCCAACGCCAUGUACGCCGUGAUUAACGGCGAGAAGCACAUUCUCCACUGCGAGAUCAACCAAAUCAGCGCCAUCAAAUCGGUCCCUGCCUACAAGUUCUCUUAA